AUGAUGUCCCACGGAAUGUCCGGCAUGGCCGGCAACAAAACUUGCGUCACUGAGAUGCUGUGGAACUGGCGCGUCGAGGACGCAUGCUUUCUCUCCUCCUCAUGGCACAUCACGAACAAUGGCAUGAUGGCCGCCAGCUGCGUGGGCGCCGUUCUUCUCGUCGUCUGUCUCGAAUUCCUGCGCCGCGUUAGCCACGAAUACGAUGCCUUUCUUCUGCGCCAAUUCCAGCGACAACUCCACGCCCAGCAGGCAGCGCUAGCGGCCGCCAUGCCCGCCAACUGCUGCGACGGCCCCACGUCCACUCUUGGACUUCAACACGCGACCUUCCGUGCCACCGCAUUGCAACAACUCGUUCGUUCUAUAAUUCACGGCGUCACGCUCGGUCUGGCCUACAUUGUCAUGUUGUUGGUUAUGCACUUCAAUGGCUACAUUUUCAUCUCGAUUGUUUUGGGCGCUGGAUUGGGCAAGUUCUUGUGCGAUUGGCUUGUGGUCAGGAUACCGUACAACACGCCAGAACAGAAGGAGGAGAGGCAUGCGUCAAUUAGUGCGGCUGGACCCACGGGCUGCUGUGCGUAG